AUGGAGGAGGCGCAGCGGCUGCUGACGGUGUCGGUGUGGAAGCUUUACCGGUGCCGGGUGCGGCGGGGCGGGCUCCGCCUGCACCGGAGCCUGCAGCUCUCGAUGCUCGUUCGUGCCGCCCGACACCGGUACCUGAGCGCCCGAGCCGCCGCCGGGAUCCUCCCGGGACUGGAGAUUACCGGGAAUGCGGUGAACGGAGCGACCCCGGUACCGGGGAUUCACGGAGCUGCGGUGAACGGAGCGAGCCCGGUACCGGGGAUUACCGGGAAUGCGGUGAACGGAGCGACCCCGGUACCGGGGAUUCACGGAGCUGCGGUGAACGGAGCGAGCCCGGUACCGGGGAUUACCGGGAAUGCGGUGAACGGAGCGACCCCGGUACCGGGGAUUCACGGGGCCGCGGUGAACGGAGCGAUCCCCGGACCGGGAGGCGGCCCGAGCGGGGACUCCCUGUGCCCGAACCCACCGAGCGCGAACCGGCCGGACCGAGCGAUGAACCGGACCGAGCAGGAACGGGGGACCCCCCUCAGGGACUGCACCGGGGACCACCGGAACGCACCGAGCGGAGCCCCCCGCAGUGGGUGGUACCGGGGAUGCGCCCCGGUACAACCGAGUGAGGAACCCCCGGGCCCCGCGAACCAGGACCCCCCUCCCGCCGCCCCCGGCCCUCCCCGGCCCACCGGAGCCCCCCGGGCCGGGCAGAAGCGGCGCAGCAGCGGCUCGGCGGGGCCGGGCCGGGGGCCGGUACCGAGCAAACGGGCGCGGCUGGAGGCGGAGGCGCCACCGGGGCCGCCCGGGCGCUGCUCGGGGCCGCCCGCAGCCGCUUUCGGCUUCCUGGUCCGCGCCGUCGGGGCGUGCUGAGCCCUCCGGGGAGCCCCGGGAUGCGGAAAUUAACGG